AUGGAUCCAUAAAAAGUAAAGAGAAGAACAAGAUUCGUUCUUAAGUUAUGGGCAGCAGCAGCAGUGGUUUACUUCUCAUAUGUUUAUCUAAUCCCACAAACUUUUAAUUACAAAGGAAAGAUAGAUGAUUGCUGUUGCGAAGCAGAGCUUGUUCAAAAUACUAAUUAAAAAAUUUAUUAAAAAUUAGAUGAAUUAUCACAUACAAAAUUUUUUAGAACAUUUAAAGUUAAUAUUGAUACUGAAUGCAAAUUUUUCAGUGUUGAAGGUAUUUGCAAGAGCUAAGGAUGUUCAGUUUGUAGAUGUGAUGAAAAUAAUAUUCCUUUACCUUGGAAAAAAACAGAUUUCAUACAAUAAUCAAAAUAUGAUUAUGCUGACUGGGCAUAAGAACCAGAGGUUAAAAUUACAGAUGAGUGGUAAUGGAGAGUUGAAGAAUUUAACGAAAGUGAAGGAAGUUAUGUAGACUUAAAAGACAACGUAGAAGCUUUUACAGGAUAUCAAGGUUAGAAUAUUUGGAAAUUGAUUUAUGAAGAAAAUUGUUUCUAAGGAGAAGAUUUAUGUUUAGAGUAAAGAGCCUUGAACAGAAUAUUAAGCGGACUGCAUGCUAGUGUUAGCACAUAGUUAAGCGAACUUUACAUAGAUUUUAAUAAAAAUAGAACAAAAAUGUAUCCAAAUUGGAAAUUAUAUUUUGAAAAAGUAGGAAAUUAUCCUGAAAGAAUACAUAAUUUAUACUUUUAUUAUUCUGUUUUACUUCGCGCUAUUAACAGAGCUGAAAGUGUUAUCAGAAAUUACAACUUCACUACUGGAGACUUCUAAGAGGAUGCCAAAACAUAUUAAUUAGUUGGCGAUAUACUAGAUUACACAACAAGUUAGUGUGACCAGCCAUUCCACGAAGAAAUAUUAUUUAAUACAGAUCAAGGAAGAAAAUAUAAGAAACACUACCAACAAUACAUCCACAACAUAACUAAAAUUAUGGAUUGUGUAGAGUGUGAAAAGUGUAAAGUUUUUGGAAAAAUGCAAGUUUAUGGUAUAGGUGUUGCACUGAAAAUUUUAUUUUCUGAUGAUUCUUCUACUUAGAUUUAAAAGCUUUAGAGAAACGAAUUAAUCACUUUAAUAAACGCUUUUGUGAAGUGUGCAAGCAGUUUGGAUGUUGUAGAUAAAAUGUUUUAUAGAAGAUUUAAAUCUUAUUUCAAUAUUGGAUUAGCGUUGUUUAGCUCCUCACUAUUUUUUAUGGGCUUCUUAUACUUUGCAAUGGAAAUUCAAGAAAAGUAUCUUGGUCAGAAAAUUAAAAAAAUGUUUUAACAUUUCCCCACAAAUAUACCUGACCCAAAUAAAAAGAAAUAAGCUGCAAUAGCUCAGUAAUAAGAAUUAGCAAGAAAACAAAUUUUUGGAGAAGGAAAAGCCAAAGAUGAUUGA